CUGUCCCGUGUCCACUUCCCCAUCCCUUUUCUUUCUCUGAACUUUUCUAUAGCCUUCUCUCUUUUGCGAGGCAGCAGGAGACAGAGGGAGUUGUUGGAAUCCUCUCUCUCCCUGUCCCUCUCCCUGUCUUUCGAUUUUCCUAGUGAUGAAAAAUGGGAUCCAUUCCAGAGUCCAGAUUUUGCGAGAAGCAAUUUUGAUUCCAAGCAGUAUUUUUUAGCCUUUCGGUCUCUUUGAUCUUUGGUUUUUAACUAACCAGCCUCAUAGAUUGGUUUUUGCUUAAGGUUCUAUAUGGGAAUGAGGUGAUAUUGUGGGAAAGAGGAGGUUUUGAUCAUCAAAAUUUUAUCUUUAGAUCAGACAAUCUGUCUUCCUAAUGGGUAAUGUUAGUAGUAUCCGGGGAGGAGAGGGGGCCGGGCUGCAGCAGGAGGGGGAGGGGCAGCUGCAAGAGGGGAAGGGGCAGGCUUUUAUCUCUCACUCUCAAGGAGAAUCAGAGUAUUUGAUGGGGCAGAGCCCUCCGCAGAGCCCCAGACGUGCAGCGAGGUCUCCUCUGCUCUUCACUCCUCAGACCCCCGUGGUUCCACUGCAGAGACUUGAAGAGAUGCAUUCAGCAAGUGAUUCAUGGAUGCAAAGUUUAAAGGAGUACGAGAAUGUCAUCUAUGACCAAGGAAUUCCAACAAUGAUAAACUGGAGCCAUGGUGGCAAGGAAGUCUUUGUGGAAGGAUCCUGGGAUAACUGGAAGACAAAGAAACCAUUGCAAAAGUCAGGCAAGGACUUUACGAUCAUGAAAGUACUUCCAUCAGGUUUCUACCAGUACAGAUUCAUUGUUGAUGGAGAAUGGAGGUAUGCAUCUGACAUUCCCUGGAUGCGUGAUGAUAUAGGGAAUGCUUAUAACAUCUUAGACUUGAAGGAAUUUGUCCCUGAGAACAUAGAAAGCAUUGCUGGUUUUGAGCCACCUCCAUCACCCGACUCCAGUUAUAAUAAUUGGCCACCUGGUUCGGAGGAUUUUGCCAAAGAACCACCAAUUGUCCCUCCACAGCUGCACCUUACCCUUCUCAAUGCACCAGCCGUCAUGGACAGCCCCUCCUCUCUGUCAAGACCGCCGCAUGUAGUGCUGAAUCACCUUUACAUUCAGAAAGGGAAGAGUGAUCAACCCGUCGUGGCACUCGGCGCAACACGCAGGUUUCUGUCUAAGUACGUCACUGUGGUGCUCUACAAGUCCCUGCAGCAGUAAUUGCUGAGAGAGUGGAUCACAUAGACGUAUGGACUUGGGAGAGAUUGUUGUAGAGUGUUCUCAUAUAACCAUAAUGAAUUAUGCCAAACACUUCCGACUGCAGUCGAGAAAAGAAAGAAACAUAAACAGCGCCUGAUAUCUCUACUCAGGCAGAGAUCAAACAUCAGACAAUUAUAGUGAUAUUUGUUAAAUGAUUGGAGUCAAAUAUUUUUCAAGUUUCACCUUC